UGCACCUUUAUAUUUCCCAAAAAUGGAUAGAUAUCCGUUUAUUACUUAGUCUAUCAAUUAUAUUCUCAAAAAUAUGAAUUUGCGUAAAAAUCCCCUCCCAAAAAAUCGAACACAUUAUUUGUUUAAUCGUCGAAAAACAAAUAUCGAGAAAGACAAAUCGACCUCUCGCCAUUACAAAAAAUUUCAAUACGCUAUCGAUCUGAAUACAGAAUCGACUUCGAGGGAUCGUAGACAUACGAUUAUACGAUAGAUGUGGUAUAUAGUUUUUAAUACUGGGCUAAUUUGGAAAUGCAUGAAGUGUCUGUAAACUCCGGUUCCAAACGUUAGUGCGUGGUGUUUGUGCUGUAAUUGUUGUUAUUCUUCCUUUUAUCAAGCGGCGUGACUGAGAAAUUGAAUGUAGCAUGCCGCAAUUUCAUAAAAUCGAAAUAAAUAGGACCGAAUGGGAGGUUCCGGAACGAUACCAAAUGCUCACGCCAGUGGGAUCAGGAGCUUAUGGUCAGGUCUGAUUUUAACGAGAUUAUCAAUACGUAAAUGUUACGAUUGCGGCAGCUCGUGCAAGUAUCUCGUGCACCGUCGCAUUCUACAUCAUGGGCCAAACUAAAAUUAGAAUUAUUUGACAAUGCUUUUCCGUGAAGAUGAAUUUAAUGAGAUGUCUUAUACCCGAAUUUUCUCGGUGAAACAUUUCACAGAACUUCCACUUGGAUUUGAUAAUUGAUUACUCGGCAGUUGACACAAAAACUGGACAGAAAGUAGCAAUAAAAAAGUUAGCCAGACCAUUCCAAUCAGCUGUGCAUGCAAAACGCACAUAUAGAGAACUUCGUAUGUUGAAGCAUAUGAAUCAUGAAAAUGUAAUUGGUUUACUAGAUGUAUUCCAUCCCUCUUCUUCUUUAGAAGAUUUUCAGCAAGUAUAUUUAGUCACGCAUCUGAUGGGUGCAGAUCUCAAUAAUAUUGUAAGAACUCAGAAACUUUCGGAUGAUCAUGUACAGUUUCUUGUAUAUCAAAUCCUUCGUGGUCUCAAAUAUAUUCACUCUGCGAGUAUAAUACACAGGGAUUUAAAACCUUCUAAUAUAGCUGUAAAUGAAGAUUGUGAGCUGAAAAUUUUAGAUUUUGGAUUAGCCAGACCUACAGAAAAUGAAAUGACUGGUUAUGUUGCUACAAGGUGGUAUAGAGCUCCAGAAAUUAUGCUUAAUUGGAUGCAUUAUAAUCAAACAGUUGAUAUAUGGUCUGUUGGAUGUAUAAUGGCCGAGCUAUUAACGGGGAGAACGUUAUUUCCGGGAACAGAUCAUAUACACCAACUGAACUUAAUAAUGGAGAUACUGGGUACUCCACGUGACGAGUUUAUGCAAAAAAUAUCGUCAGAGUCGGCGAGAAACUAUAUACAAAGUUUACCUCCGCUAAAAAAAAAGAACUUCAAAGAAGUAUUUCGCGGGGCCAAUCCUUUAGCUAUAGAUUUACUUGAAUUAAUGUUAGAACUAGAUGCAGAGAAACGAAUUACAGCAGAACAAGCUUUAGCUCACCCAUAUCUUGCACAGUAUGCUGAUCCAACUGAUGAACCAGUAUCUUUACCAUAUGAUCAAAGUUUUGAAGAUAUGGAUUUACCUGUUGAAAAAUGGAAAGAACUUGUUUAUCAUGAAGUUAUAAAUUUUGUACCUCAACAAUUACCUGCAAUGGCUUCGACGAUUGAGUCUUCUUCGUAAGGUUACGUCGAUAGCACAAAUAAUAUAGUAAGAUAAGUAAGAUAAUACAGUAAGAUAAUCACAACAAUGAAUAAUUAUGAAAAGAUACAUGUAUAAUUGUUAUAUACAAAGGAUAUCACAUUGUAUAUAAUAUGGUGUUACAUAAGUAACAGAGUUAAUCAUACAAACUUAUUUGUAUUAGAGGCAAAAUGUAUAUUUUUGUUAAUGACGCAUGAUACAAGGAAAUGCUAAUAUUUUUCACUGAGCAUUGGUUGUUUUAGAAUAUAAAGCUAUCAAACAUGUGACAAAUUAUUCAUAUUCAUGGUUUUAUAUGGACAUUUUUGUUACAUAUUCACGUGUUUGAAUACUUUGAAGCUACGAGUGCAAGCGCAAUUUAAUAACCGAAGAUCUAUUAAGGAUUUAAAGCAACUUUUUUUUUUUGUAAAAAGCCGAAUUACUUAAUAUAAAAGACAACUCUUUAUCAAUAAAAAUAAAUUAUUAAAAAAAUGCUAGCUUCAAGGGUUAGAUUUUGUUGUAUACACCGCUGGUUCUAGUCUAUAACAUAGAACAUAUUACAUCGAAUUUAUGGUUAAAAAUAAUUCUUAUUUCACACGCAGAUGUAAUUUAAAAUAAUUUAAUCUCUAAGAUACUGUUAUAAUGAUGCUUUUAACAACAAACAUGGCUGAAUAAAUUUUUUGAUCUUUGUA